AUGAGCCGUACCGUCGUCCUUGUUGUGGUGGCAGCCCUGCUGAGCGAGACGUGGGGAGUCCCCUUGUCUUCUGGGUCAUCGCCGAGAGCUGCCAAUCACUUCCCAGACGGUUUCUAUUUGGGCGCUGCUACAGCAGCCUACCAGGUAGAAGGGGGCUGGAACGAGGGCGGCAAGGGGGAGAGCAUCUGGGACCACACGCUGCACGCACAGCCCAACCUGACAGCAGAUGGUCAGAACGGCGACGUGGCGGCCGACUCGUACCACAAGUACAAGGAGGACGUGCAGCUGCUCGUCGGACUCAAUGCCAACGUGUACCGUUUCUCCCUGAGCUGGCCUCGAAUCCUGCCGACUGGGGACACGGACAACAUCAACCAGGCCGGCAUCGACUACUACAACAGCCUCAUCAACGAGCUGCUGGCCAAUGGGAUCCAGCCGAUGGUGACGCUGUACCACUGGGACCUUCCCCAGGAGCUGCAGAAACUGGGAGGCUGGCCUAACGCCGUCAUCGCCGAUUACUUCGUCGAGUACGCUCGCAUUGCCUUCGAGAACUUCGGAGACAGGGUGAAGCUGUGGCUGACCUUCAACGAGCCGGACAUGUUCUCCAACGGCUACUCGUCGGCCACGGCGCUGGCGCCGGGCGCCGACUCGCCGGGCGUCGCCGACUACCUGCUGGCCAAGGCGGUGCUGCUGGCGCAUGCGCGAGUCUACCGACUCUACGACCAGAGGUUCCGCCCGACGCAGAGGGGCAGAGUGGGCAUCACUCUCAACAUCGACUGGUACGAGCCGCUGACGAGCAGCGCUGAUGACGCCGAGGCGUCGGACCGCCAGCUGCAGUUUGAGUGUGGCUUGUGGGCCCACCCCAUCUUCUCGAGGGAGGGCGACUUCCCAGAGGUGGUGAAGCUGAGGGUGGCGGCCAACAGCAGGAAGGAGGGGCGCACGAGGUCACGCCUGCCGACGCUCUCCCCAGCGGAGGUCAACCUGAUCAGGGGCACUGCCGACUUUUUCGGGAUUAACCACUACUCUUCCUCGCUGGUGACGUCCGGCAGCAGCGGCUCCGAACCCUCCAAGACUUACGACUCUGGUGUCGUCACUUCCAUGUUCGAGGGAUACCCCACCAGCUUCUGGAUAUCGGACAUACCGUGGGGUCUGCGUAAGCUGCUCAACUGGCUGCACAAAUCAUACCCCGGGUAUCCGUUCUUCAUCACCGAGAACGGAUGGUCCGACCCGCCCGGCGUUCUGAACGACACGGCACGCAUCCACUACUACAGGGGAUACCUCUCCGCCCUCCUAAGAUCCAUCAACGAUGACGGCGUCCCAGUGAUUGGCUACACUGCCUGGAGCCUGCUGGACAAUCUGGAGUGGAUGAAUGGAUACACGAUCAAGUUCGGCCUGUACUCCGUGGACUACGAUGAUCCAGAGCGGCCCAGAACUGCGAAGGCCUCGGUGCCGGUGAUGGCGCAGAUCUACAAGGAGAGGGCGGUCCCUCUGGAGGACUUCGAGAACGCCGACACGACGCCACCCUCGUAA